AUCGGUUUAUUUGCAGUAUAUUUCUCGGCGAUCGCUUGUUUUCUGCUAUUCAAUGUCGGUGACCUGUUUCAGAAGGGUCGUGCGCUAUUGCUGCUAUCUCUGCUACGUUUCCUGUUGUUGCCAUUGAUAUUUUUUUGCAAUGUUCAUCCCAGAUUUCAUUCUACGACGCUCUUUCAUAGUGAUACGAUCUUCGUUAUUUUAAUCAGUUUAUUGGCCGUUUCAAAUGGUUUGCUUUUUACUUCAGCGAAUGUUUCAGCGACAAGGAAAGUGGAUGAAGAUUUGCGAGAGUUAACGGGCAGUUUAAUGGGUCUAAUAGCGGUGAUAUCAUCAGUGAUUGGCUCGAUUUUCGGUGCUUUGAUAGCGUUAUCUGUUUAG